AUGCAACAAGGUGCAACGGGAGGAAGAGGAGCAGAAGGGAGGGGAAGACGAGGAGGAGGAGGAGAGGGAGGGAGGGAAAUUACUCUAUCGUACACGAGGAGAGGAGCAUCCUCUUCCUCAUCUUCAAGGGGAGCAAGCAGAUUCUCAGUUUCCUGCAUUCUCUUACUCUCGUCUUCAUUGUUAGGGGUGCAAGCCCUUGACAACGGCGUCGGAAGACUCCCAGCCAUGGGAUACAACACCUGGAACGACCUUCUGUGCAAACCUACUGACUCGGCUAUCCGCAAGGCAGCUGUCCGGCUGGAGGGGUUGGGGCUUGCGGCCCUGGGCUACACUUACGUUAAUAUCGACGACUGCUGGGCGGUCUCAAGGGAUCCCAAGACCAACAGGCUCGUGCACGACGCCAGUGCGUUCCCCCAAGGGAUCAAAGGUCUGGCGGACUUCAUGCACUCCAAGGGAUUCAAGUUGGGGAUCUACACGGACAGGGGGCAGCUGACGUGUGCUGGUAGACCAGGGUCUCUUGGAACAGAGGAGCUGGAUGCCCAGACUUUUGCAGACUGGGGGAUCGACUACCUGAAGGAGGAUAGUUGUAACGCUACCCAAGAGCACGAGGGAGCGUUGGAUGAAUACAGGAAGAUGAGAGACGCCUUGAACAAGACCGGACGACCGAUCUACUUCUCCCUGUGUGGCUGGCAUACCUGGUACGCCAUGCCAGGGAAGAGCAUCGGGAACAGCUGGAGGAUAGCUGGGGACGUGGUCAACUGGAAGACGAUGUACCGAGCAAUCAGGAAGAGCGAGUUGGUCGUGAAGUUUGCCGGCCCUGGAGGAUGGAACGAUCCCGACAUGCUCAUAGGUAGUGGCGGAGGCUCCAACUUCAAUCUCUUGCCUCAUCAGUCCAGGACUCAGUUCUCCUUGUGGUCUGUGCUGGCGGCUCCGCUACUCAUAGGAGCUGCCAUCAACAACCUGACGGCCUGGGAUCUUGAGACCUACUCCAACGCCGACGUCAUCGCCGUUGACCAGGACGUGCUAGGUAUCCAGGGAUCUCCGUAUGCCCUGACGGACUGCGUGCAAGUCUGGGCCAGACCCCUUUCGUCGGGGAGUUUUGCUGUGAUCUUGUUGAACCUCGCAGCUGAUUCCAGGAACGUGGUAUGCGACCUCGGCUGUAUGAAGAAGAUCAAAGCUCUGCAUCCCAGCUGGAGGUCCAACAGCACGGAGAGGUGA